UGGACCACAAGAAUUCAACAUAAAGCAUAUGUCAACAACAGAGCAAAUGGUGUCCAUAGUGCGUCAGAGGCAAGAGGACCCGUGCUCUCCGUGGUGCACUCGUGCUGAACCAAACGGCAACAGACGUCAACAAAGCAACGUGGACCAAGAUCUCUGUUUAAUUAAACAUGACCCAAGGGGAAUCUCCAUGGCCCGGUGACUGCACAGCACAUGGCUCUCAGGAGGGACAUGGAUGGAUGACACAGUGAAGUGGAUAUGCUUUUUAAGAACCCAAAGUCAACUGUUUUAUGAAGAAAUAGAAACUAAUUUAACUUAUAACUGAUGGUGGUGCGGCUCUGAUGUCUGAUCUCAUGACUGAUCUCAUGAUGUGAACUGGAAACAGACUUCAAUAUGAACCAGUCAGCUGUUUUGGGAAUAAAUGGUACCUUCUACAACAUAUAACUGAAGGUGGAGCAACUUGUAUGUGUGAAAUAGAAGUGGACACAGACAUAAAUAAUAAACAAAGUCAACUGGUUUGUGAAAAAAUAGAAACUGCUACAACUUAAGCUCUGAUGUGUCAGACAGAACUGGACACAGACCUUCAGCUCUCUCCCUUGUUCACAUAGAGUCUCCCAGUUUGGCCCCUUCCCCUGUAGGUUACACCAAUCUUCUGUCUGGAUGAGUGGGAGCGGUGCAGCCAGUGCAACAUGGCGCACUCCUUUGGCCCCUGUGACUGGGGAGAGAUGACAAACGGAGAGGGGCGCCCUCACCUCCACAAUGGAGGGUCUAAUGGGGGGUCCCAUUGCAGCUCCAGGACCAGAGCAAAAAGACAGCCCCAGCGCAGGCACAAGUCUCACUCUCCCAUGGGCCGAGUCAUCCUCAUCAACACGGCUGAAGACGCUGGAGAUGAGAGUGAGGACCUCCACACUAUGACCGUGGACAGGAGCCCUGAUGGGCGUCUGGGCUUCAGUGUUCGUGGAGGCUCUGAACACGGACUUGGCAUUUUUGUCAGUAAAGUAGAUGAUGACAGCUCUGCAGCGCAGGCCGGGCUCACAGUGGGGGAUAAACUGGUGGAGGUGAAUGGAGUGAGUAUGGAAAGCAUCACCAUGAGCAGUGCAGUCAAAGUCCUGACCGGAAACAACAGGCUUCGGAUGGUGGCCCGCAGGGUCGGCAAGAUCCCAGGCAUCCGCUACUCCAAAGAGAAGACCACCUGGGUGGACCUGAUUCACCGGAGAAUGGUGGUGGAGGAGAAUGAUGGGACCCCGUCUAUUGUGAGCUCAGACAGCAGCGCUCUGAGGAGGAUCGUGCACCUCUUCACCACCUCAGACGACUACUGCCUUGGCUUCAACAUCAGAGGAGGGAAAGAGUUUGGACUGGGCAUCUAUGUGUCCAAGUUAGACCCUGGUGGUCUGGCCGAGCAGCAUGGCAUCAAAAUGGGUGACCAGAUCCUGGCAGCCAAUGGGGUGAGCUUUGAGGACAUCAGCCACAGUAACGCCGUGGAAGUUUUAAGGGGCCACACACACAUCAUGUUGACCAUCAGGGAGGCUGGACGGUACCCUGCGUACAAGGAGAUGGUUGCAGAGUACGGUUGGCUUAACAAAUUAACCAAUGGGGUUCCAGCAUCGUGGUCACAUGGUUCGGAGACCAAUUCUUCAGCAUCUUCUCUGUCCUCUGGCACCCCUCUGAGUUCAGUGAGUGGACUCUCCCAAGUUCUCUACCCUCCAGUUUUUGGCCACGAUAUGGUAGAUGUCGCCAUAGCAACGGAAGGACCACCCAAAUAUCAAAUAAGGACAGAAAGGACAAAUGAAAUUGCCAUUCAGACCGACCCUUCUCACUAUUUCCAAUCAGAAGAGUUACCACCAUCAGAAAUCACCUAUCCGGAUCAGAUUGUAGUUGGAGAAACCAGCAGGACUUUUGGGCAGACAGUUCUCCUGAAGGAUACAGUGAUACGGGGAAAAGGGGAGGGGCCUAGAGAGGUGGGAGGAGCAGGAGAAAAGAGGCGGGGCCGGGCCAGGACGCUGUCGUCAGGAGAGCGGGACGCGCCCAAUCACUCGCCCAAAACGGCUGCGCUAAUGGCUCUGAGCGGACCCCCCAAGCCAAUCAGACGCUCGCAGAGUCACAUCACAGCAUCAGAGGAGCGGCAGAAGAAGCAGCAGAAGCAGAAGACCUCAGCUGAAGGUCCACCAGACCUGCAGCGCUCCAAGACCUUUGUGAACUUGCUCUUCAAAAAGGAGAAGAGCCGCUCCAAGUCCCCCUCCAGACACACACACUCAGAUAAAGAGCGUGGCCGUCCCUUUAAGCUCCUGUCCUCUCCUAAAGAGUCCCGUGCAGGUGUGAGGGACAGCAGCCCCCAGCCCCACCCUCAGACUCUGGAGUACGUGGAGGAGAUGGUUCAGAGGGUCCUGAGUCCAGACGAGGCACAGGCCGUCAUGAGGCACUGUAAACGGUUUCUAUCAGAAAAUGUGCUUGAAGAUCUGAUCCGUCCCCUUCUGGCCAUCCUGGACCGUCCAGAGAAACUACUGCUACUGCGAGAAAUCAGAAUGCUGAUUCCCACCUCAGAGCUGAGCCGAUUUGACAGUAUGGUAAUGCCCUUUGAACUGGAGGCGUAUGACGUCCUGAAGAGCCGCUCCUUGCGGUCUCCAGCUCUGCGCUCCCCUCGCUCUGGAACCCCGCGUCGUCAUCUCAUCACUCCCAUCCCAGACUACCAGGGCGGGUUUCACCUGCAGCCCAUGUCUGAUCCUCAGAGGGAGAGGGAGCUGGUGGAGGAGCUGGAGAGACUGCGUGUGUCCAGUGCCCAGUCUGGCCCCGCCCCGUCUCGUCUCUUCACCCCUCUGCUGGACAUCCCCGUGGACAGCUACGGCCGCUCACGCUCCCUCAGCCCCUCCCCGACCCCCAGCCUUCUACACUCGGACUCUGCCUACAGCUCGUACAGGGGCCAGCCACAGCACCCCCCACAGCGCAGAGAAAACAGUGCGUUCAGGACUUAUGAGCGCAUCUCUGCGUCAGACCAAAGGGAGAGCUUUCACGAAAGGGGGCGCUCUCCCGUAAGAAACGCUCGGGGCAGGACAGUCAGAGAAGUCAGUCCCGACCAGGGUAUCCAGGGCACAUACACGGGGUAUACGGAGGUGAACCUGCACGUGCCCUGCCCGCGCAGAGAGAGGACGCCCAUAGCACAGGUGUUUGAGCCGCAGGGAGAUGCCAGGCUAGCAGGGGGCAGAGAGGAGGUCCCAGUGGUAAACGGACACUUACUACAGGCUGUUAAAAAGAGCCCUCCUGUUCUGACUGAUGAUUAUGACAUCACGACCAUCACCAUCCCCAAAGCCAAGCAGUCUCUGGGAAUUAGCAUUUCUGGAGGCAUUGAGUCCAAGGUCCAACCCAUGAUCAAGAUUGAAAAAGUCUUUCCAGGCGGAGCUGCAUCCACAAAUGAAGCCCUCAAGGCUGGAUACGAGCUGUUGUCAGUGGACGGAGAGAGUCUGCACAGAGCUUCUCACCAGCACGCAGUCAACGUCAUACGCCGAUCCUUCAGUAACAAGGCCAAAGACCCCAUGAUCUUUGUGGUGAAAGUGCCGCGGGUCCCCAGCACCGCAAAGAGCCCCCGGAGUCCUGCACACUGACCCCUGCAGGCCUCUGUA